AACCCUAUAAAUAAAUAACCAUAAUCAAUUAAUUAUUUCUUAGCAGCUAAACAGAAAUCAAGACAGUGAUGGAUAUGCAAGGCAUGGAUCAUGGGAUGGCAAUGGCACCAAAAUCAUCCCACAACUGCAGCAUGAUGAUGAAUCAUAAGAGGCAUGGCAUGAUGCACAUGACAUUCUAUUGGGGAAAAGACGCUUUGAUCCUCUUCGAUGAUUUUCCUGCCGGUAAAACUAACAUGUAUGUCUUGGCAUUGUUCGUUGUUUUUCUAAUGUCCGUACUCAUCGAAUUACUCUCACAUACCCGGUUCAUUAAACCCGGUUCAAACCGUGUUGCGGCUUGUCUGAUUCAGACCGUUCUGCACGCACUUAGGAUUGGAUUAGCUUAUUUGGUUAUGUUGGCACUUAUGUCUUUCAAUGGAGGUGUUUUCUUGGUUGCUGUUCUUGGUCAUGCUCUUGGAUUCUUCGUUUCUACCAGUGCUUUCAAAAAAUCGCAUCAGCUUGAUGAACCUUAUGAUCUUCCUCCAAUGGCUUGUUGAUUAUUUCAAUUUUAAUUUAUUUAAUUUUGUUUUCCAUUUUAUUUAAUUAGUUUUAGCGAUUUGUAAAUCAAUUCUUGUCGUUGUUUAAUUAAUCACUAUUUCUAAUACCAAAUUGGUUAUCUAAUUGUUUAGAAUUCUUUGAAUUUAUUAAUGUGUGCAGUUGAAGUUUGAACAUUGGUCAAUUUUGUACCGAAUUAUUGGAGUCGAAAGAGAAGUUGAUGAGCCUAUUUCCUCCUACCAA